CCUCCAUCAUCCCUGCCUACACCCUCCAAGUACUGGAAGGAGCUCCGUCAGACCAGCUCAUGCAACAGAGCCAAAUGCCCCAACAGCCCUGGGUGUUUCAUCACUGAGAGGGUGCGUUCUCUCAUUUCUCUCUCUCCAUGUCAAAAACGGGAUGCCUGAAACACAUGGACAGUUCAGCAGAGCUGCAUAAUGUUAAGAAGCCACAGCCUUCUGAUGUUACAGGCAACAGACCGACCAAUGGGAAUGAUCUGGCUGGAUGUGGCAAGUCUGAGACCAUUUGACCUGGUGAUUCCAUUCACCAUCCAGAAAGGAGAGGUCACAGGUGAGGUCCGAAUGGCAUCAGGCAAAGUUGCUAAGCUUGACAUCACAGACAACAACGAUGGCACAGUUGCUGACAAGUACACUCCCACAGAGGCCGGUCUGCAUGAGAUGGAUAUCAAAUACGAUGGCACCCACAUCCCAGGAAGUCCCUUGCAGUUCUACAUGGAUUGCAUGAACGGUGCCUAUGGCCCUGGCCUUAUCCACGAUCCAUCUGGAGAUGUUCUGCCCGAAACCCACUGCUCAGCUGCAGAUAUUCCACUGGACAUAGGAGAGCUUGACCUCAUAAUGACCUGUCCCCUCCCACCCCCUGCAUGAGACUGUACGAGCAUUGAGCAGCUCCUUCAGCAGUGGACUUUUACACCCACAGUGUAGGAAGGAGCGCGACCGCAGGUCAUUCUUACCAGCAGCUGUCAGACUCUAUAAUCCAGUUUAACAUGGUUAUCUCACUCAUCACCUGUUUAAUUGACAUAUCAAAUGUUUUUAAUUGCUGCUGCUCACUUUACAGCUUGUUUCUACACUGUAUAUUUCACCAGGAUCAUUCACCCCUUGUGUAAAUAUCUCUGUACACUUUUAUCUGUAUAUCUGUCUGUAUGUAUAUAGAACCACUCUGCGUCUUCCUUCUAUAUUUUAUAUUCCUCUUGCUGUGUAACACCCACAUUUCUCAUUUGUG